AUUUAUUUAUUUUUUAUUUCAAAUCCUUUUUUUUUAUUACCGGAAAAAAUAUUCUUCAAAGUUAACAUAAAACACCAUGUCUAUUCACUUAAUGUGCCUUACCUCGGAUGGUGGUGUGCCGAUUUACUCAAAGAAAAGAGGUGACAGCGAAACCCUUCCCUUUUCCACGAUUGCCUCGCUGAAUGGCGUUCACAUGUUCUGCAAAUCGCAAGGUGUAGAUCUACCGAUCACCUACCUCGAGGACAGCAUGAUCAUGUGGAAAGAGUUCGAGGGUACGAUCGUCAUGAUCGGCAUUGCGAGGGACAUUACCGAGAAGACGCUUCGCCAUCUGCUGGAUUACUCCUACCAGGCGAUGGUGUUUUGCGUCGGCAUACAGUCGAUCAAGAAGAUUAAGAACAUCGAUCGGUUCAAGCGGGAGCUUAAAAACUACUACCCACUGAUCGACCAGCUGCUGGAGGUGGUCGAGAGCGAUCUCUUCCGGUACGUCGACUGCAUCCUGUGCUCCGAAAGCAUGGGCAUGCUGACGAAGCUGAACGAGUUCAGCGUGCAGAUCGGUUCGCCCUUCUGUGCGAUCAUGGUGCGGCAGCGGAUCGCCUGCGGUACCGAGGGCUGGUGGGAUUUGGACGUGAUCGAUCGGAAGCUGCUGAUGCUGCUGUUGAACGCGUCCAGCACGAUCCAGCAGGAUGUGCCCGUCUAUUUGCCCAAAAAGUCGCCCAGCAUUGCGUACCGCUUCAUCAGCAUUCCACUGACGCAGGGUGUCAGCAUCUGUGCGCUGUGCGGUGCCGAACCGAAGUACGAUGUGCUGCAGGGGAUGAGCCAGCAAUUUUGGAUGAGUGAACUGGACGUGCUGAUUGCGGCGGAACAAAAGUAUCCGAAAAGUUUCCCCGCAAGCGUUGAGCUGGAUGCGCACAUUUUGGGCUUUUUGUUGCUGAAUCGCGAGCACGCCAAGUAUGUGAUGUCGCGGGGCGGCGUACCGGCACUAAACAAUGCCCCAGGGGGUAAGGCGCGAUCGGGUACCAUCUCUGGCGGCUCAUCGGCCCACCGGUUGGACAUACUGCGAUCGUUCUUUCAUCAGUCGGUUGAUGUAAUGGAGGAUACGCUGCGAGAAGGCGAUCGGGUGAUGAAUCUCGAGCAGUACUGGUGCUCCGACUACCACAAAUGUCACGCACUGAUCGAAGGCAGCAACGUCCUGUGCGUGCUGUACACGUCCGCCAUACCGACGCACAUUAUGAGGAUAGUAACACAAAAAACACUGAACACGUUGAUAUCGGAUAAGGAUGUGUGCUGGUAGCUGGUAGCCUCAACGGACUGACCGUAUGCGGAGGG